UUUUUAAUAGAUACUCAAAUCAUUGUGAAGCAUUUUUGGGUGUCUCUGCAAACUCUGAGUUUUGUCACGUGAUGUUAAAGCCAUGUGUCCUUUAAAGUUUUACCAAGCCAAAUAAAGUUCAAGAGUUGAAAACCCCAAGUCUAAAAAUUAAUCCUUUACACUAUUAAUCCAUUCAUCUCUUUGUUUUUGGGUUAUUCAUUAAUAGUGAAAGUACAGUAAAGUGACAAAGUGUAAAAUGGUCAAGCAUUGUGGAUUUUGUUUUGUUCUGUUUUGAUUUAUAGCUUUUGUGGUCAAAGCUAUUGUCAUUUGAUGAUAAUGACAUUAAUUGGCGCCUUGUGUUACAUUUCUUCAAUACAUUCUUUGAAAGCAGUAGAUCUGAAGAUUCUGGUUUUGAUAGUGAUCUUGUUAAACCUCUACAGACAGAAAGGAAAUUUUCUUUUGGAUCUUUCACUCUUCAAGAUUCUAACCAAAUAAAAAAGACCCUUUACCUUUUUUGUCCUAUGAAAAAAAAAAAAAAAACAAAUCAAAAAUUCCAUUCUAUACUCUCCAUUUUCAAGUUUCCAGUUUCCUUUCAUCAAUUGUGUGACACCCCAAAUCAAGAAACCAUUUUUACUCUUCAUUUUGAGCUUUCUAGUUCCAUUUCAUCAAUUGUGUGACACCCAAAUCAAGAACCCAUUUUUGCUGUUCAUUUUGAGCUUUCUAGUGUUCCCAUUCAUCAAUUGUGUGACACCCAAAUCAAGAACUCAUUUUUACUCUUCAUUUUGGACUUUCUAAGCUCCCAUUUGUGUGACAACCAAAUCAAGAAUCCAUUUUUGCUCUUCAUUUUGCACUUUCUAGUUCCAUUCAUCAAUUGUGUGACACCCAAAAAUCAAGAAUCCAUUUUUUUUUUUGCUUUCCAUUAGCUCCCUUUAGUGUAAAGACUCCAUUUUUACUCUCUAGUUCAUCAUUUCAGUAUCCAAAUGUCAAAAAUCAAGAACCCAUUUUAGUGUUCAAUGGAAAUCAAGAACCCAUUUUUGUUCUUUUUUAUUUUCUCAAUAUUUUCUAUUAUUUUCCCCCUAAUUAAAUCAAGUGAUGUUGAAGCUCUUUUAGCAUUGAAAGCAACAAUAGACCCUUCAAAUUUUCUUGAUUGGAAAAAAGAAAUUGAUUUAUGCAAUUGGCAAGGUGUAAAACAAUGCAAAAAAACAAGAGUUACAAAGCUUGUUGUUGAAAAUCUCAACUUAAAUGGUUCAUUAGACCAAAUUGCCCUCAAUCAAUUAGAUCAAUUACGUGUUUUAUCCUUCAAAAACAACUCAAUUUCAGGUCAAAUCCCUAAUCUUACCGGUCUUUUUAACUUAAAAUCACUUUUUUUAAACAAAAAUAACUUUUCAGGCAAGUUUCCGGUGAGUGUCACCGGACUUCACCGUAUUAAAGUCAUAAAUCUCGCCGGAAAUAAACUUUCCGGCGAGAUUCCGGUGACAUUAACAAAGUUAUCCAGGUUAUAUAUGCUUUAUAUUGAAAACAAUGAGUUUACAGGUGAAUUACCUUCAUUAAAUCAACCUAGUUUGAAGUUCUUGAAUGUGUCGAAUAAUCGAUUUUCGGGUGAAAUUCCAGUUACUCUUACUAGGUUUAAUGAAUCAUGUUUUGCUGGAAAUGUGAACUUGUGUGGAGGGAAAUUACAUCUUUGUCCUUCAACUAGUCCAUCGUAUUCGGUUAGUCCUGAAAAUGUAUCUCAUCAUGAUAAAAGAAGGAAAAAGCUGAUCAUUGUUAUCGUCGUCUCGGUUGUUGUUGGAGUGUUAUUGCUUGGUGUUUUGGUGGCGGUUUGCAUAGCGUGUGUGAGGAGAAGAAGACGAUCCAAAGAUGGAAAAAGCAAAGGAGUUGAAGCUGUUGGUGGCAGUGGUGGUGGAGGAGAAGAGGGGACAAGUGGCGGAGGCAAUGGAGGUAAUAAUGGUGGAAAAGAAGGGGCGUUUACAUGGGAUCAACAAGGAAGUGAAGGACUAGGGACAUUGGUGUUCUGUGGACCAGGGGAUCAACAAAUGAAUUACAGUUUGGAGGAUUUGUUGAAGGCAUCAGCAGAGACAUUAGGGAGGGGUAUAAUGGGAAGUACAUACAAAGCCGUGAUGGAAUCCGGCUACAUUGUGACGGUGAAGCGGCUGAGGGAUUCGAGGUUCCCGAGUUUAGAAGAAUUCCGGCGACACGUGGAGAUUAUUGGUAGGCUAAGACAUCCUAAUUUGGUCCCACUCCGAGCAUACUUUCAAGCUAAGGAAGAACGUUUGCUCGUUUAUGAUUAUUUCCCUAAUGGCAGCCUCUUCUCCCUCAUUCAUGGAACAAGGGCUAAUAGUGGUUCAAAGCCUCUUCACUGGACCUCCUGUCUCAAAAUUGCAGAGGAUGUGGCUACUGGAUUGCUUCAUAUCCAUCAGAACCCUGGUCUGACUCAUGGAAACUUGAAAUCAUCAAAUGUACUCUUGGGGUCCGAUUUUGAAUCGUGCCUCACUGAUUAUGGCCUCAUGCCAUUUAGGAAUCCGGAUUCUCCAGAGGAAUCCGGUGCUUCUUCCCUCUUCUAUAAAGCUCCCGAGUGUCGCGACAUUCGAAGGCCACUAACCCAUCAGGCCGAUGUCUAUAGCUUUGGCGUCCUUCUGUUGGAGCUCCUCACGGGGAAGACUCCUUUCCAAGAUCUUGUUCAAGAACAUGGAUCAGAUAUACCAAGGUGGGUGAGAUCUGUUAGAGAAGAAGAAACUGAAUCGGGUGAUGAACCUGCCUCUAGUAAUGAAGCCUCAGAAGAGAAACUUGGCGCUCUCUUAAACGCAGCAAUGGCUUGUGUUUCACUUGUACCCGAGAAUCGACCUACAAUGAAGGAUGUUUUGAGGAUGAUUCGGGAUGCUAGAGCAGAAGCUCAAGGGUCUUCGAAUAGCAGUGACCAUUCACCGGGAAGAUGGUCAGAUACUGUCCAAAGCUUGCCAAGAGAUGAACAUUUGAGCAUAUGAGUUGUAGUAUACUUUGGAGGCUCCAAAUAACGUCGAUGAAUUUGAGUUCUCAGGGAUUUGUUGAUUCAGCUCUUGUAAAGACUAAGGGCUUUCUACUUUUCUUGUUUUUUUCUAGGUUUAGCUGCUUGUAUCUAGGAGAUUUGCUUUUAUGUAUACCACUUCAUUGACAUUCACCAGUUUAUGAUCCAUUCCUGAUUCAAAAGUUUGUUGACCGCAUGUUUUUUGAGGAUGUAAUUGUAAUUGAGGUCCCAGCUCUUUUCUUUUUAGCAAAAUUUCUUGUUUGUAUCCAACUUCAUGUUUUCAUUCAAGAUUCUCCCUCUUCAGGAAA